AUGUUCGACGUUCACGUCGGCAAACAGAUUCUGAUCGCCAAGGACGGGGCAAGAUGUCAUUUUGGACUCACAAAGGGGAAAGACAUCGAUGUUCAUGUCAACCUCUCCCUGAAGUUUGUGUGUGAGUUCAAUGGGGGAACAUCGGACGCCAACAUGGCGACGCCCCCUCCUUUAACUUACUCUCUUUCGCUAUUUCUCAUCUUUUCCCUUCACCGGUGCGUCUUCGGGAAAUACAUCGAAGGUACUCUUCGUACGUACGAGAACUGGGCCUUCCUCACACGAUUCUGCUUCCUUUCCGAAGAUGGCAAAUUUGAGUUUGAGAUCGAAUAUCCCCUCGAAUACGCUGUUGAAAGCCUUCUGCUCUACUACGACAGCCCGGAUCAGUGGCCAGCUGUCUACAAGAGCGGAAAGAACUGCACGGAAAUGUUGAAGCCGCUUAAGGUGGAAAACUUUCAAUUCGUGAACCUGACAUCUCUUGACGACCUGUCUGGCUGUCAGGUCGUGAGGGAGCAGAACGACCAGGCCUAUUACAGGUGCAAGGAAAUGCGGUCCUUCCGCUCUGCGAGAGAGAGAUGGUGGUUCAUCGCUAUUGCCAACUGCGAGUCCCAAAAGGGACUCUUUUUGGAUUACAAAAUCAAAAUGACCAACGGUCUCCCCGGGGACUUCUGGCACGAGCACUUCUCGGCUGAUGAAUUCUAUAUAUUGCGAGUGGACAUAAUCUUCUUUGCCCUGAAUGUUCUCCUUUGUUUCUUCGCCUUCCUCGAAGCAGUGGAGUUGAAGGCUCGGCAGUUGCUUCACGUCACAUACAAACUUUUCGUGACAUCCCUGAUCCUUCAAUGCGUCGGAGUUCUUUUCCUGGUCCUUGCAUACGCCCGAUAUGGCGUGGAUGGAGUUGGCUGGCCCGGCAUCAAACUAACAGGUGAACUGCUAGAGUCGUGCAGCGAAAUCAUAUUCGUCCUCAUGCUGCUCCUGGUAGCGAAGGGUUACACGAUCACGAGGGGGCGACUGAGACAAGGUUCCAGCGUGAAGCUCACUCUCUUCAUGUGCGCCUAUUGUCUCGCCUAUGCCACGCUCUUCAUAUACCAGCAGCAGAAUUUCGAUCCGGGGGAAGUGCUGUAUCUGUACGAAUCCCCACCUGGUUAUGGGAUCGUAAGUCUCAGACUCAUCGCCUGGGUUUCCUUCGGUUAUUCAGUAUUCUUCACGCUUAAGCAUUAUCCAGAGAAGAACUCCUUUUACCUUUCCCUCCUCGUCUUCUUCACUCUCUGGUUCGUUGCUGGUCCGAUGGUCAUACUCCUGGCGGCUUAUGUAAUCCCAGACUGGAUUCGAGAAAAAACGGUGAAUGCAGUGGAGUUGUCGGUCACAUUUUUGGGACAUAUGGUCUUCCUGAUUCUGACUCGACCGUCGGCGGCGAACGAUAAUUUCCCGUACCACGUGAGGACGACACAGAUUGGAAUCAUGGAGAACUCCUACAACGGGACCAUAGGAAACAAUCACUUAGACGCUUUUGGCCAUCAUCCGUACGCACCCUCGGCACCUCUGGCGGAUGAGACCUCGCAAACAGUGCCCAACCAGACACCCGGACCACCCCAGCCCUACCGUCGAACACCUGCCGAGAUCUUCACCGUCGCCACCAGCGCAGAAAUGACGAGAAUGGGGAGGCUGCCUCCAUUGAAGCCUGCAGGGAAGAAUGACAACAGCUUCCCACACCACGCGCCGGGGGAACCAAGACAGCUCCUACAAGAAUGACGAAAACUUCAUAAUAAUUGGCUCUGAGGCUGACACCCUUACCUCUUUUUUCUUCAUUUCCCAUCCCAAGUAGGGUAAGUGCUGCGAAUGUCGGCACUGGGGUAAUCUCGGCACUUUGCAAUCGUCAAAAUUCUGCUUCCACUACUAGUCCCCUAGGCACGGGUAGAUAAGUAUUCUCAGAUGGUAGGACUAAUGUUAACUUGUGCUUGGAACAGCCUUAUUUACUGUUGCAGUUCUCUCGCAGUGGCCACUUUCUCUAAGCGCACUCCGAAAAUCCUGCGAAAUCUUGGGAUUUUGCUAUGCUUUUGUACAUUCCGUUCUUCUCUUCCACAUUAGGAAUUGUUUUAUCAGGUCGUUGCAUUCAUUUUUGGAUCUGUUGUAAACGACAAUGAUACACAAGUGUGCCGAGAUUGCCAACAUCUGACCCAACUUCACCUUUGACCCAGGCCCUCGGAAAUGAAAGGUCUGGGGCACUCGAGGUUUGCGGUAUAAGGUUUAUAAUAAAGGUAUCACCAGACCCAAUAUGAACGAGGAAGCUCCAUUACGAAAACCAGCAAGCAAGGUGGAAGUGCAGAAUAUGCUUGAGUCUCGACAUUCGCAACACUCACCCUAUGGCUCAACGUGUCAUGUCAGCCUCAGGGCCAGUUAUUAUGCCCUGUUCCCUUUGUGAUGAUUCUACACCUCAGUGGUCCUUCGUCACCCCAAGUGGCUUCUUUCGAGUACAAAUAUCCACCCCCCUGGAUUUGCUCUUAGUAUUUUUGGGCUCAUUGAAAGCAUGAAUGUGGCAUGUCUUAAAAAAGAGUUGUCUCGUGAAGUGUGAUAAUUGCGCAAUGAAGCAAUGCACAAUCAAA